UAUAAAUUUCUUUGAUUGCAGAUAGGUUUGGUUCUUCUAGAAUUGAUGAGACUGUUCUUGAGAGGUUUGAAAAACUGACCGGACAGAAGCCUCAUCACUUUUUGAGAAGAGGCAUCUUUUUUUCUCAUCGUGACAUAAACAGAAUUUUGAACCUCGUUGAAGCUGGUAAAAAAUUCUUUCUGUACACUGGUCGAGGCCCAUCAUCCGAGUCCAUGCACGUAGGUCAUCUCAUCCCUUUUAUUAUGACCAAAUGGUUACAGGAUGUCUUUGAUGUUCCUCUUGUCAUCCAGCUCACAGAUGAUGAGAAGUAUUUGUGGAAAGACUUGAAGCUGGAUCAGUGCAAUAAACUUGCUUAUGAAAAUGCAAAGGAUAUUAUUGCUGUUGGAUUUGACAAGAACAAAACUUUUAUCUUCUCAGAUAUUGACUUUAUUGGUGGAGAGUUUUACAAGAAUGUAUUGCUAGUUCAGAAGCAUGUGACGUUCAAUCAAGUGAAAGGAAUAUUUGGAUUUGAUGAAUCAUCAAACAUAGGGAAGAUAAUGUUCCCAGCAAUUCAAGCUGUUCCAAGUUUCUCAUCAAGUUUUCCAUUUAUAUUUGGAGGGAAGAAGGACAUUCCUUGUUUGAUUCCAUGUGCCAUUGAUCAGGAUCCAUAUUUCCGUAUGACUCGAGAUGUAGCACCAAGGUUGGGAUUCCAGAAACCAGCUUUGCUUCACUCUACAUUCUUCCCUGCCCUGCAAGGAGCUAGUAGUAAAAUGAGUGCCUCUGAUGAAAAUUCAUCGAUAUUCUUGACUGAUACAGCAAAUCAAAUCAAGAAGAAGGUUAACAAAUAUGCUUUCUCUGGUGGUCGAGAUACAAUUGAAGAACACAGAGAAAAGGGGGGAGAUUGUGAAGUCGAUGUCUCCUUCCUGUACUUGCAGUUCUUCCUUGAAGAUGAUGAAAAGCUAGAGAGUAUACGAAAGCAGUAUUCCUCAGGAGAGAUGCUAACAGGAGAAUUAAAAGCAGAGCUAAUCAAGAUCCUCCAGAGAAUGAUUGCAGAGCAUCAAGAACGGCGGAAAGCCGUAACAGCUGAUGAUGUAAAGAACUUCAUGACUCCGAGGCCUUUGAAUUUUGUUGUAAAGCAAUGAAUUAUAUGGUUUCUAGUGC